GGAGUCUAUAAGAAGAGAAAGACAUCAGAAAUAGAAGACAAUAGUAAUGAAGCGGACAAUGAUUUAGGAGUUGUUAUCACUAAUGAAGACUCGGACGAAGAGUGGAGGCCAUCGACCGCCAGUCGGACGUCUCGGAAGGGUUUGAAAGCGAAACGACAGCCAAAGGUCUAUAAGAAUCCAUUUUAUACCAAAACACCAAAAAUAGAAGACAAUAGUAAUGAAGCGGACAAUGAUUUCGGGGAAGAGAUGGCCGCUAAUGAAGAUUCAGGGGAAGAGUGGAGGCCAUCGACUUCGGCGGUCGACAAGCGGUUGAAAGGGAAAUGCAUUCGUCCGGUGGUCGACGAAACUGAGGCCAUAUAUCAGUGCGAUCUCGAAGACUGUGACUAUAGUACCCACUUAUGGCCAAAUCUGGUCGCACACCGAAAAACACACGACAAUCCCAUGACUGAAGACAAUAGAGGCCAACGACAAGGGCUGCGGCGCCGAAGCAUUGACUCGACCACCGAUGGAUCCAUUGACCCGAUCUUUGAAACCGAACAAUAUAAACGGCUCAAAAAUUUGGGACAAUUGUCGCGCAAGACAUCGGAAACGCUUCGAUGCGAUCGCGAGGGCUGUGAAUAUCAGACAAAUGUUUACAAAUAUCUUAAGCAACACCGGAAGAAACACAACAACGCGGCCACAGAAGCGAAGCGAGUGCUACGCCGGGAGUUGAAGAGCCGGUGCUAUGACUCGACCACUAAUACCUAUAUCUGUGACCACACGGGCUGUCAGCGAGUGUUCAAUUUGUUUGAACUAUUGACACAACACGUGAUUCGUAGGCAUAUCAUUGAAAAAGUGGUCUGCGAUUACGAUAAUUGCGGCGAAGUAUUCAAAUCUAGGUGUUUGAUGAGAGCUCAUUACAGACGUACGCACACCGAUCCGCAGUUGCAGUGCCCGCACCCGAACUAUGAUCGUAUGUUUUCCACGCCAUCCCAACUGAAGGCACAUGAGGUGACGCACAGAACGGUUCGGCAGUUUAAAGGCUCUCAUAAGACAUCGGAAACGUUUCGAUGCGAUCGCGAGGGCUGUGAAUAUCAGACAAAUAUUUACAGAAAUCUUUGGCAGCACCGGAAGAAACACAACAACACCGUCACAGAAGCGAACCGAGUGCUAAACCGGGAGUUGAAGAGCCGGUGCUAUGACUCGGCCACUAAUACAUAUAUCUGUGACCACACGGGCUGUCAGCGAGUGUACAAAUUGUUGGAACGAUUGAGACAACACGUGAUUCGUAGUCAUGCCGUUGAAAAAGUGGUCUGCGAUUACGAGGAUUGCGGCCAAGUAUUCAAAUCUAUGUGGACUAUGAGAAAUCAUUACAGACGUACGCACACCGGUCGGCAGUUGCAGUGCCCGCACCCGGACUGCGGCCGUCUGUUUCGCUUGGCCUCCGAAGUGAAGGCACAUGAGGUGACGCACCGAACGGUUCGGCAGUUUAAGGGCUCUCAUAAGACAUUGACGUAUAAUAAGAGCCUUAAGUGUAAGAACAACACUAGUGGUAUGGAGUAUAUGUGUCCGCACGAGGACUGCGACCAUAGGUAUGGGUCUAAACAUCAGUUGGACCGGCAUUUAGUCGCUCACCAAACGGAACGUCCGUUUGCCUGCGAUUUCGAGGGCUGUACUAAGAGUUACCGUAACACAAGAAGUUUAUGGAGGCAUCGAUUGGAUCACAUGAACGCACCGACCGAUGGAUCCAUUGACCCGAUCUAUGAAACAGAACAAUAUAAACGGCUCAAAAAGUUGGGACAAUUGCGGCGCAAGACAUCGGAAACGUUUCGAUGCGAUCGCGAGGGCUGUGAAUAUCAGACAAAUGUUUACAGAAAUCUUUGGCAACACCGCAAGAAACACAACAACGCGGCCACAGAAGCGAACCGAGCGCUAAACCGGGAUUUGAAGAACCGGUGCUAUGACUCGGCCACUAAUACCUAUAUCUGUGACCACACGGGCUGUCAGCGAGUGUACAAAUUGUUUGUACGAUUGAAAAACCACGUGAUUCGUAGUCAUAUCGUUGAAAAAGUGGUCUGCGAUUACGACGAUUGCGGCGAAGUAUUCAAAUCUAGGCAUUUGAUGAGAAACCAUUACAGAGAGACGCACACCGAUCCGCAGUUGCCGUGUCCGCACCCGGACUGCGACCGUAUGUGUCGCACGCCAUCCACAUUGAAGCGUCAUCUGUUGAAACACCAAACGGAUCGGCCGUUUGCCUGCAAUUUCGAGGGCUGUCACAAGACAUAUACGUCGAACGAUGGUCUUAAGAAUCACCAAUUGAUUCACAGCAAUGAACGCACCAUUAAAUGCACUGUCGAUGGAUGUACUCAACUAUUCUUAACAAAGCAUAUCAUGAAUAGACAUCGCAUAGCUGUCCAUAACUUUAAGCCAUACGACACGAAAAAGCAUACGUUUAUGUCAAAGAUAAAGCCAACACUUAUGAUAAUGUGUGAGUGGCCGGGAUGUGAGUACACGACUCCAUAUAAGUUCCGAAUGCAAACACAUCAGAACAUACAUACGGGUGAACGACCCUAUGUCUGCGAAUGGCCAGAAUGUGACAAAGCCUUCAGAGAUCCGAGUGGUCUGAAGACACACAUGAAUAUACACAAGAAUGUGCAGCCAUUCACCUGUCAUUGGCCCGGAUGUACGUACAGGUCAUCCGAUCACUCGUCGAGAUAUAAACACAUUAAAGCAGUUCAUAAAAUGUAA